AUGGACACGCUUCUCACGGCGGAUAUUGCUGGAGACACUCCCCGGUUUCGGCGCAAGUCAAGCACAUUCGUCGACGCUAUCCACGACUUUCCUGAGAAGGAUGAAUUGGCGCCAGCACAGCUCUACAGCACUGAGUCCGGACGACUCUUCCAUUCUGGUCGGAUAGUGAUAGCCAUGGUAGGACUUCCAGCCCGUGGUAAAACGCACAUCUCGGUUGCUCUUGCACGAUACCUACGCUGGCUCGGCGUCAAGACAAGGAUCUUCCACCUCGGAGACUAUCGGAGAGCCAUCAUCGGUCAUGGCGGCGACGUACCGGAUGACUACUUCUUUGUCAACGCCUCAGCGUCAGCAGUGCUACUCCGCCAGAAGAUCCUUAAGAAGUGUCGGGAAGAUAUCUACCACUUUCUCAACCAUGAGAACGGCCAAGUAGCCAUAUACGACGCGGUCAACCCUCUCAUUGCUGGACGAAGGUCUCUGUACCGAGAAUUCGCUAAGUACGACAUCAAAACCCUGUUCAUCGAAUCCCACUGCAACGACCAGCGCAUCAUCGAGGAGAAUGUUCGCAGCGUCAAGAUCUCAUCACCAGACUACCGCGGCUGGACAGAGGCAGACGCGGUCAAACACUACCUUUCACGUAUGAGCGCUAAGAUUCCAAACUUCGAGACCAUGGAGGAGAAGGACCUGGAUUGGAUCAAGAUGGUCAAUGCUGGCGAAAGUCUCAUCGUGAACAACCGUGGUUUCUCCUAUUUGUCGCAUCGAAUCAUUUUCUACCUUCUCAAUCUACACAUCAAGGCACGACAUACGUACUUUGCCCGAGCAGGAACCACGGUCGACGAAGAGUCGUACAAGGCCGAUGCAAGCCUGUCGCAGCAAGGCAAGGAAUAUGCGAAGAAGAUGACCGACACGCUUCUACGUCAUCGAGAGGAAGAAAGGCAAGCCAUGAUUGACAAAGGUGGCCCAGACACGCCUCUGAAGCCGCUGACAGUUUGGACCUCGACCCGCAGACGAACGAUCGAGACAGGCCUCUUCUUCGCAGCAAAAGACUUCAACGUGAGACAGCGAUCGCAAAUGAGCCAGCUGAAUCCAGGAGUGUGUGAGAAGAAAUCGGAGAGGAGAAUUCGUGAAGAAUAUCCAGAUGAGGUCAAGAAGCACGAGCUUGAUCCUUAUCAUCAUCGCUACCCUCGAGCCGAGUCCUACCACGACGUCGCCGUCCGCCUCGAGCCCAUCAUCCUCGAGCUCGAGCGCGAGACUAACGAUCUCCUCAUCAUUGCCCACGAAUCUGUCCUGCGUGUGCUUUACGGCUACCUCAUGGCCUGCAACGCCGCCGACAUUCCUUUGCUGAGUUUCCCACGAGAUGAGAUCAUCGAGAUCAUCCCAGCCUCAUACAACAACGAGGCCAAGCGCAUCAAAAUCCCCGAUCUACCGCCCGACAUCAUUCCUGCGUCGCCUGAAGGGCCGAAAGCGCCAGCUCCGCCGUCUGGAUUUGCGACACCUGUGCCGGGUCUGGGAAGUGGGUUUGGUAGCCCGGAGAAGGCGAGUCUUGAUACCACUACUUUUCUUGGGUCCUGCUAA